AUGAAGGAGGCGUGGGUCCAAUUCAAAGAAGAGACUUCUACAAGCAUAUCAUACUCCAAGUUCUGCUGCUUCCGCCCAAAACACACCAAGUGCAUGGCAAAAGACAGGUUCAAGACUUGCUGCUGUGAAUACUGUGAAAACAUUACUCUAAAAAAAAAAGCAGUCAAUUCAGUGCUUCAGACUGCAGGCCAUGGUGAGAUGUUUCUCGGAAGCAAGUUUGCAAUUGCUGACAUGACUUGCUGUGCGCCAAAUCCAGUACUUCAUCUUCACAACAAGGCCUGCAUCGACAGAGAAUGUGAAAACUGUGGCAUCAGUAAGUUUCAUGAGGUUAUGGUGCCUAUGCUGGAUAACCUGUCUGACACUCAAACAACAUGGUCUGCAUGGCGGUCUGAAAAGUCUACUUACAAGAAUAAGCAAGGGACGGAAGUGACAACCAACAAGCAGGUGCUUGUAAAGAUUGAUGGCCCAUUCUCGCAGCUCAUUGCUGAACUUGAAGAAGACCUGCAUACUUUUGCAUGGCACUUGGCAAAUUAUCAGUGGCAACAGAGGCAGUUUGACAAGCUGACAAGGGAUGUUCCAACCAGAUGGCUGGUAAUGUGCAUGGACUACGGAGAGAACUUCACUUGUGCCUAUCAAGAUGAGGCACAGGGAGCCCACUGGAGCAGACAGCAGAUCACCAUCCAUCCUGUUGUAUGCUAUUACAGAUGCCCCGAUCACCCUGAGGUCACGACACAGGAGACAUUUUGUUUCAUCUCCAAUGACCUAAAACAUGACAGCCAUGGGGUGCAGCACUUUCAGCAACAGGCGCUGCAGACACUCCUGGAGCGUGGAAUAAACGUCACACAGAUUAUCCACUUCAGUGAUGGAUGCCCCAGCCAGUACAAGGGCAAAGCCAGUUUCAUUGAUUUGUCAUUUGCCAAAGAUGACACAGGCAUCCCAACAGAGAAGCACUUUUUUGGCAGCCGCCAUGGCAAGGGGCCAUGUGACAGAGAAAUUGGAGUUGUAAAGCGUUUAGCAAGACAGGCAGUGCUUCGCAGAAAGUGCAUCAUUGCUACAGCCCAAGACUUAUACGAGUAUGGUUGCAGCAGUCUGACAAAACCAGCAGACAAUUCACACUCUCACACCUGUCGUCAGUUCUUCUUUGUUCGAGAAGGUACAAUUGUGAGAGACAGGCCAGAUAGAACAGGAGGCAAGGGCAUCCCUGGAACUAGGAAGUUGCACUGUGUCCGGGGCCACUCUCCAUUUAUUGUGAGCUAUAAGGAGCGAUCCUGCUUCUGUGAAGCAUGUGUGACACUUGAAGGCGAGUGUACAAACAAGUCCUUUGUUGAAGACUGGAAAGAAGUCAGCUUGAAAGUCAACAGGAGGCAAAAAUGAAAAGUGCUUG